CAGAAGGACACUUUGAUGUUCUCCAUCCAGGACAGCCUCCCCCGGGGGGCCCUGACCAUGAAGGAGGAGCCGCUCCCCACCGGCAUGACCCCGGUCCGCUCCUGGAUGCAGGGCGCAGGGAUUUUGGACGCCAACACAGCGGCCCAGAGCGGUGUGGGUUUAGCUCGAGCUCACUUCGAGAAGCAGCCUCCGUCCAACCUGAGGAAGUCCAACUUCUUCCACUUCGUGCUGGCGCUGUACGACCGGCAGGGCCAGCCGGUGGAGAUCGAGAGGACUUCAUACGUGGACUUUGUGGAGAAAGACAAGGAGUACAACGGAGAGAAGACCAACAACGGCAUCCACUACAGGCUACAGCUCCUCUACAGCAACGGCAUCAGGACAGAACAAGACCUUUAUGUUCGGCUGAUAGACUCCAUGACCAAACAGCCCAUCCUGUAUGAAGGACAGGACAAGAACCCGGAGAUGUGUCGCGUCCUCCUCACCCACGAGAUCAUGUGCAGUCGGUGUUGUGACAAGAAGAGCUGCGGAAAUCGCAACGAGACGCCCUCCGACCCCGUCAUCAUCGACAGAUUCUUCCUGAAGUUCUUCCUCAAGUGCAAUCAGAACUGUUUGAAAAAUGCAGGAAACCCACGAGACAUGCGGAGGUUCCAGGUGGUGGUGUCCACUACAGUCAACGUGGACGGUCACGUGCUGGCGGUGUCAGACAACAUGUUCGUCCACAACAACUCUAAACAUGGCCGCCGCGCCCGGCGCCUGGACCCCUCUGAAGCAGCCACUCCCUGCAUUAAAGCCAUCAGCCCGAGCGAGGGUUGGACGACCGGCGGGGCCACCGUCAUCCUCAUCGGGGACAACUUCUUCGACGGCCUGCAGGUCGUCUUCGGCACCAUGCUGGUCUGGAGUGAGCUGAUCACCCCCCACGCCAUCCGGGUCCAGACGCCCCCUCGUCACAUCCCCGGGGUCGUGGAGGUCACGCUGUCCUACAAGUCCAAGCAGUUCUGCAAAGGAGCGCCGGGACGCUUCGUCUACACCGCCUUGAACGAGCCCACCAUCGACUACGGCUUCCAGAGGCUACAGAAGGUCAUCCCUCGCCACCCCGGGGACCCCGAGAGGUUACCUAAGGAGGUUCUGUUGAAGCGAGCAGCCGACCUGGUGGAGGCUCUGUACGGGAUGCCGCACAACAACCAGGAGAUCAUCCUGAAGCGAGCGGCCGACCUCACCGAGGCUCUGUACAGCGUCCCUCGCAGUCACAACCAGCUGCCGUCUCUGACCAGCUCGGCCGCUCACUCGGGGAUGAUGGGAGUGAACUCCUUCAGCAGCCAGCUCGCCGUCAACAUCUCCGAGGCCUCGCAGGCCGACCAGGGUUACUCCCGUAACUCAAACAGCGUGUCUCCUCGCGGCUACGUGCCGAGCUCCACGCCUCAGCAGUCCAACUACAACACCAUCACGUCCACCAUGAACGGAUACGGCGCGGGGAUGACCAACCUCGGCGUGCCUGGAUCUCCCAGCUUCCUCAACGGCUCCACCGCCAACUCUGCUUACGCAAUCAAACAGAAGAGCGCCUUCGCCCCUGUCGUGCGGCCACAGACCUCCCCGCCCCCCACCUGCACCACCACCAAUGGCAGCAACCUCCAGGCCAUGGCAGGUCUCAUCGUCCCGCCCAUGUGAGCAGGAUUCUCAGCCAGAUACCGUCAGACCCCGCCCCCCAAACCCCCCCCCCCUCCGAACCCCAGCACCGAUGGCGGCUCCGCCCACCUGAAACGCCACAACAGCAGCGAAAAAAAAAAUCCUUCCCGUCAUCCCUCAGACCCAGAAUCCAUCACUGCACGAGAAGAAAACGCUUGAAUCUCCAUCGAUUUAUUUGCCGCCAGUCGACGACGACUUCAUCGUGUUCGCUCAGCCGCUGCAGAUGCCGCCGAUCUGAUGGUCAUGUGACCGCGCUGCAGCAGAUGACUGGUUAAGAGACUAUUUAGGAAACAGAAAAUGUGUUUUCAGACGUCUGCAUGUCGAGGCAUCGCUCCGUCAGAGGAGGUUAAAGGUCAUGAAGGCCGUGACAAUGGACUGUGUGGGGGGGGUGGGGGGGCGGGGGCGGGGUCAGGUGUCUGCAGUACUUCCUGUUGUGUGAGUAUUGUUGUGCUGAGUUAUUAAACAGGUUUAUUUGACUUCAGAAGUCUGUGGAGACCCGACAGGUCUCAGAUCAGUUUGAACCACUGUGAGACAGGAAGGAGGCGUGUCCACCGGGAGCUUCUGUUCACCGCAACGACAUCACCUGAACCGACCAAUCAGCAUCGAUUAGGGAGACGUUUUGAGGACCAGUCCAGCGGUUUUGUAUGUUUUACACUCUUAGAACAAAUCAGCCAAACAUUCUGCAAACAGCAGCACUGAUUAAUGAAGUAUGUGAUAGUUGAUCUUAUAUUUAUUCCACACGGUAUAAAAAUCAAUUAGCAGACUAUUUAAACUUCCAGUUAUCGCAGUGCAGACUUUUAAAAUCAAUCUUUAUUUAAAUGGAGUUCUGCACAAACCUGAA